AUGAAGCUGUCGGUUCUUGGUGCAACAGGUCAAUCUGGUCAGUUUCUGGUCUCACAAGCGCUACAGCAAGGCCAUGAAGUGACAGCACUUGUGCGGAAUGUCACCAAACUGACUAUUCAACAUAAAAAUCUGAAGGUGGUGGAAGCAAACAUCUUUUCAGCAGAACAGUUGUCGGGACAUUUUCAAGGUCAAGAUGCUGUCAUUUCCUGCUUGGGCUUCCCCUACAAGAUCUUCUCAGCAAUUUCAGGAUACACAGAUUCAAUGGAAGCGAUAGUGGCUGCCAUGCGGCUAGCCAAAGUGAACCGUGUAAUAACCAUGACAUCAUGGUACACUUCCCCUGAGUCUGGACAGAACUCUCCACUGAUGGUGCGUUUUCUCCUCCUGCCACUCAUCAGAAGUGUGCUUACCAACAUGAAUCAGAUGGAGAACUACUUAGAGAAGGAGUGCAGUGACCUCAGCUGGACGGUAGUGAGGCCACCAGGACUUCAAAAUGUUCCAGCCACAGACAAAGAAAUCCUGACUCACGAAGGCUAUUUCGUUCCUGAUCCAAAUGGUUACCCGGUAACCAACUCAGUGGCAAGAGGGGAUGUAGCUCGCUUCAUGCUGUCUCUCCUCAGCAGUAACGAAUGGCUAAAAAAAGGAGUGGCAAUGUGUACAAACUAG